CGCGAUCACGUUUUGUUCCUCGCCGCGAAUGGUACCGAUCGGCGCGAUCCUCGCGCGCACGCGGACGAAUGGACCGCGCGUUACAUAAUAAAAAGACCGAGUGAUCCACUUUCAGAGGAAGAAAAACGAUCGCGGAUUUUUGUGGAAAAAAAAAAACGGCCACGCCAAAAACGAUCGUAUAGAGGAGCGCUGAAUCCCAAGGAGGUCGUAUGUUCGCGUUACUUCGUGAAUUUCAAGAUGUCGCGAAGAAUUAGCGUUUGUGCCACGGUGCUGCUCGUCCUAUUUGAGUUGACCACGUCGGCCAUGGUCCUGCCGAGACCACCUUCGUCACCUAAUCAUAUCCAUCAGGAUCAGGAACUAUCCGCGCGCAAAUCCAUCGAGGGCAAAUCCCUGCACGGUGUCCCGCGAAACACCAAUGUGGAGAGACCAGAUACCGAGGACUACAGGCUCUUCGAGAUUGAGCUGCAGGGCGCGGAUGAGAUGGAUGCCGCAAAUUUGCAGGGUCUGAUGCGGACGGUGCUGAAGGAGGAGCAACGCGUCGCUGCGGAGCGAACGCCGAAUGGCUACCCGAAUCCCGAGGUGAUCCCGCACUCUAUUCUUGGUGUGCGAGAUAUGGGUCUAAGUCCGAAUUAUCGUCUAGACACCUUCGACAAUGACAAACGUCCAUCGUUGAAUCCGCUAAAGCUGCCGAAUCUUAACGAGAAAUUGUACUAUUUGAAGAGUGGCCGGCCUAAGGUCUAUGUGAACGUGCGAGGACACAGUGGCUCCUUUCGCAAGGAUACUAAUGCCUCGUCUAUGGCAACUCCGAGCGAAGGUGCGGUAGGAUACCUCAGGGUCACGCGACCUUUUGAGAGGCAGACCGACUUUGAGAGGAAGACGCGGGAUAAGAAGAUUCGACCACCCAAGAAAUUCGAUCGUCGCGUUGACGGUAUUGUUCUGAGAAAUGACGAAAUCGGUAAGAAUGAUCGAACAACGUUUUAUGGAACGGACGAACCAUCGACCACGGAGAAUUCCAUGGUUACGUCCAGUGAACUACCUAAACAGAUACCCGCGCCGCCCAGCAAAGUCUAUGGACGGAUCCUGAUGGCACAGACCACGCCUGUGCAGAGGUACGCACUUAGGAGGACAGAUAUCCUGCCAGGAUACAGUUUCGAAGAGUAAAAUCAAAUAUCUCUGUAAAAACGAAAAAAUUAACUUCCUCGAAAAGUAUGAACUUA